UCUCGUUUAAUUUGUCUCCAUGACCAAAGACAAAGAGAGAAGCCAUAAAAACCCUAACAACAUCCAUUGUUGAAACUCUCUUUGGCACAACAACCAUACACACAAAAUAUGGCCAUCCCCUAAAGAAAGUGAAGCUGAAGAACCCUCUGAAACAAUCAGAAGAUCUUACCAAGAAAGGGUUUUGAGAGGUUCAAGUUUCUCUUUAGGGGAUGGCCCCAAACACAAAGAGUGCUCACAAAAGGUAAGAAGUAUAAAUCUCUUGGAGAUUAUUAUGAUCAAGAAAUUGUGUUUAUUUGUGGGUGUUGUCUGAAUGAUCCUCAUCGAUAUUAUCAUUAUCAUUGUCUAUAUGGUGAUGAUGAUGAUGAUGAUGAGGAUUGUGUAUGAAUGGAGCGAUGAAGAUUGCAUGAAGGUUGAUGAAGACAAGCUUGAUGUGUCUUUUAUUAUCCCUCGUUUGGGCAACUUCGAUCCUUUGGCAAGCUUCGGUUCCCCUCGGAAUCAGCAGAUUAUUAUUAUUUCACUACCUUACUAUCUCUCUUUUUGUCUAUGUUUCCUUGUUUACUUUGUUGUCUUUAAUUUCGUCAUGUUUGUGUUGAGUGUGUGUGUGUGUGAUGCACCAUUCAGGUGUGUUCCUAUCUGUGUGUGAGGAAUAAAAGAAUAUUCGGUUUCUUAUUUCUAAAACCAAACUUCUAUC